AUGGGAGAUGAAGAUAAAGCAAUUGAACAUGAAGAUUUGACACCAUCCACAGGAAUGGACCACACAGCCUCUACAUAUCAAGAAACACAGGAGGAAGCAGUUAUGAACUCUAAAGGAAUAGAUGCAAAAGAACCAACAGAAGGAAGUAACCUCCUGAAUAGCAGUGAAAAAAAGCUACAAGAAAUACCAACUGAAUCAAAUAAUUUGCGAAGACUAGGACAAACAUUUGCUUGCCCUCCACAUGGCUUGCUGGCUAGAGGGAUAACAAAUGUUACGAUGGUUGUUCUUCUCUGGGCUGUAGUUUGGUCAAUUACUACCAGCGAAUGUCUUCCUGGAGGAAACCUAUUUGGAAUUAUAAUCCUAUUCUAUUGUGCCAUCAUUGGAGGUAAACUUUUGGGGCUCAUUAAGUUACCUACAUUACCUCCACUGCCUCCUCUUCUAGGCAUGCUUCUUGCUGGGUUUCUUGUCAGAAAUAUCCCUGUCAUCAGUGAUAAUGUACAGAUCAAGCAUAAGUGGUCUUCCUCUUUGAGAAGCAUAGCCCUGUCUAUCAUAUUGGUUCGUGCUGGCCUUGGGCUUGAUUCAAAGGCCCUGAAGAAGUUGAAGGGUGUUUGUAUAAGACUGUCCAUGGGUCCUUGUCUUGUGGAGGCAUGCACAUCUGCACUUCUGGCCCACUUUCUAAUGGGCUUACCAUGGCAAUGGGGAUUUAUCCUGGGUUUUGUUUUAGGUGCUGUAUCUCCAGCUGUCGUAGUGCCUUCAAUGCUCCUUUUGCAGGAAGGAGGCUAUGGAGUUGAAAAAGGCGUCCCAACCUUACUUAUGGCUGCUGGCAGCUUCGAUGAUAUUCUGGCUAUCACUGGCUUCAACACAUGCUUGGGCAUGGCCUUUUCCACAGGCUCCACAAUUUUUAAUGUUCUCAGAGGAAUUUUAGAGGUGGUAAUUGGUAUGGCAACUGGAUCUCUUCUUGGAUUUUUUAUUCAGUACUUUCCAAGCAGUGACCAGGACAAACUUGUGUGGAAGAGAGCAUUCAUUGUUUUGGGGCUGUCCAUACUAGCUGUGUUCAGCAGCGUGUAUUUUGGUUUCCCUGGGUCAGGAGGAUUGUGUACACUGGUCAUGUCCUUCCUUGCAGGUUUGAGAUGGGCCGGCGAAAAGGCAGAUGUUGAAAAAAUUAUUGCAGUUGCCUGGUACAUCUUUCAGCCCCUUCUGUUUGGACUGAUUGGAGCAGAAGUAUCUAUUGCAUCUCUCAGACCAGAAACUGUAGGCCUUUGUAUUGCCAUCCUCGGCACUGCAGUAUUGAUACGAGUUUUGACUACAUUUCUGAUGGUGUGUUUUGCUGGUUUUAACAUAAAGGAAAAGAUAUUUAUUUCUUUUGCAUGGCUUCCGAAGGCCACAGUCCAGGCUGCCAUAGGAUCUGUGGCUUUGGACACAGCAAGAUCACAUGGAGAGAAACAAUUGGAAGAAUAUGGAAUGGAUGUGUUGACAGUGGCAUUUUUGUCCAUCCUCAUCACAGCCCCAAUUGGCAGUCUGCUCAUUGGUUUGCUGGGCCCCAGGCUUCUCCAGAAAGCUGAACAUCAAAAUAAAAAUGAAGAAGUUCAGGAAGAGACUUCUGUACAAGUUUAG